AUGUAUACUCAUAGAUUCAGCUUCAUGCCAAUAACCUACCAGAAAUGUGGACAUACUUCCUACGACGACUUUACUGAGCUCCCAGGUCGGGAAGGAGCAGUUGUAGAUUUUGCAAAGGAAUUGAUGCAAGCAGGCUACAUAACUCGAGCACAGAUAACAAGUCAACCAUUGGAGACAAAACUUUGGGUUAGUGGGAGACUCCAGAAUGGCAUUAAUCUCAUCUCGAGAAAACUUGCGAAACUUCGGAAUACCCCUCUGCCAACGUUUGUCAAAGCGAGUCCCCCGAAAAAUGUGGUCUGUCUGCCUGCCGAUGAAUGCCGUCGGCUUCACUUGUGUAUGAAUAAGAAACCAUACACAACUCAUCUCAAGCCACUUCAUGUGUGUAAGGACGAAAAUCAAGAUCCAUUGACCGACAAAGCUUUCUUCAAAGCUCUGGAAUGCGCUUAUAAUAAAGAAAAGACGUGGAAGGGACUGGGCGAUUUUGAAGUUGAGGAGAAUCAAACUUAUAGGUUUCGAAGCCUGUCCAGGCGACUAUGUUGA